GUCUCGUUUCCAUCAGUUCACAAUACCCACUGUCACCAACACCAGCUACGUUGUUCAUCCGACAACGUUUUCUUCCAUUACAGACAUGUCUAUAGCUGAGUUCUUAGAUGGUAUGCCAUCAUUUGAUGAGCGAAAUUUUUCCAGUUUCCAUUCGGACAAUGGACGAAGUAAACGUGUGCCUGUUUAUAUAUCGACUGAAGAUCAACCAAAUGACCAAAUUAUUGUUACCGACAAGUCAAAUUUAUUACUCCGGUAUUUACACAAUCAAUGGGAUAAAAAGCAUGGAGGUAAGAAGAGAGAAUUAGUUGAUUCUACCGAAGAAGGAGGCUCAACAUCAAGAAAACGUGCAAGAUUAGACUUAGGUAGGAAUGAGCAAAGAUUUUUGAACAUCGAUUUUUGAUAUAUCGAUACAUCAAAAUUUGAAACAUUAAUUCUCACAAUGAAUAAUAUUGAUAAUCAUAAAAAUCAAUGUACAAACGAAAAACAUUGAUGUUUACCAAUAUUUUCAUACAGUAAAUUUUACCUUAAAAGCUGUAAUUUUAGUGUGCGGUGGAAGUUUUAAUCGUUAUAUUGUGCUAAUUACAAAAAUAAUUUUUAGUUAUUUUUGUAAUUUUUUAGCUACCAUUAAAUGGUAAUUAAAUGGGUAAAUCUCAAAUAUAAAAUUAUUUAUUUCGAUAAUUAUAGAUUGAAAAUUGUUUUUAUUUAUUUUUUAUAAAUCAUUAGUAACACACAAUUAGUAGUACAUAUUGUUGCGUCCUGCGUAGUCACACACUAGAUCAAUUGGGCGAAUUUCAACUAUUUAGUGUCAUAGAUUUAACAUCGGGAUUUUAUCAAAUACCGCUUGCUGAAUCAUCUCGCGAAUUAACAGCAUUUUCGAUGAAUCAAGGUCAAUGGCAUUUUAAAAGAAUGGCAAUGGGCAUGAAAACGUCAACAGCCACAUUUCAGAGAUUAAUGAAUAAUGUAUUAUCGGGAUUAAUCGGAAUAAAAUGUUUAGUAUAUUUGGACGACAUAAUCGUAUAUGGAAAAGACUUAAAAGAUCAUAAUCAUAAAUUAAUGGAGGUAUUCGAACGUUUAAGAGAACAAAAUUUAAAAAUACAACCGGAUAAAUGCGAAUUUUUAACCCAAGAAUGCGUAUACUUAAGUCAAUGUGCCACAGUCUAGACAAAUAUAGACCAGUCAAGAUGCAAGGGAGACCAAUUAUAUUAACAAGAGACAAUAAGGUGAGGAUGUUUAACAAAAAGAGUUUGAACACCUUAAAACAGUAUUUGAAAGGAAUUUUCUGAAAGAAACCGGAUGUGUUGAAACCUUUAUUGGUGCAGAUUAAUAUUAGUAUCAAACACCAGGGGGUAACAAGUCUCGGAUCGGUAUUCAUGUCAAAAUACUUGUUUUUUGAUAACACCCAAGCAAUUAUUGUCACCUGGAGUGGAGCAAUGGAUGUUAAAAUAUUUAUAAAACUAAGAAUACCAGGGAUUAAGAGAUUUAUAGACAUAAUUACAUAUAGCGAUAAUAAUGAUAAUAUUUUUAGUUUAAAAUUAAUAGACAAUAGCAACAACAAAUUGUUAUACUCAGAGAGCAUAGGACAUGUGCAAGAGAAUGGAAGGAUGUUAAAUUUGAAAGAGCAAAUGACAUUUUGUGUGAAAGGAAACACGAAGUGACGUAUUGUCAUGAUCUCAUGACGGAUGUUAUAUAUACAAAGUGUAUUUUCAAUUAUUUAAUAAAAAAAAAUAAAACCCCAUAAAUUAUUUUAAAUAUUUAAUAGAAUGUAACAAUACA